CUGACGGUCAUCGCUUCCAAGUUUAGUGACUUUGCCGGAUUUCCUCGCCGUUACUGAAUGAAAAACACUGCUGGCAGACUUCCACGUCGUCGGGGCAAUCAAAAGGAUGAAGGUUGACAUACACAAUCAUAUUUUACCAAAGGAAUGGCCCAAUUUGAAGCAGAGGUAUGGAUAUGAUGGAUUUGUCCAACUUCACCAUCACUGCAAGGGUGAAGCAGACAUGAUGAAAGAUGGUAAGCUGUUCCGUGUGAUACAGGAGAACUGCUGGGAUGCAGACACACGAAUACGAGACAUGGACCAAUAUGGUGUCACAGUUCAAGCCCUUUCGACUGUUCCUGUGAUGUUCAGCUACUGGGCCAAACCUCAUGACACAUUGGAUCUUUGUGUCCUUUUAAAUGAUGAUUUGGCCCAAACAGUGCGCAACCAUCCCAAAAGGUUUGUGGGCCUGGGAACGUUGCCCAUGCAAGCCCCUGACUUGGCUAUUAUGGAGAUGAGGCGUUGUGUCAAGGAAUUGGGUUUCCCCGGGGUGCAGAUUGGUUCACACAUAAACGACUGGGACCUCAAUGCACCUGACCUUGAUCCAUUCUACGCUGCAGCUGAAGAGCUGAAUUGCUCCAUUUUUGUACACCCUUGGGACAUGCAGACAGAUGGGAGGAUGGCUAAGUAUUGGCUGCCCUGGCUGGUGGGUAUGCCAACAGAGACAACAAUGGCUAUUUGCUCUAUGCUUUUCGGAGGAGUCUUUCACAGAUUCCCAAAACUAAAAGUUUGCUUUGCUCAUGGAGGUGGUUCUUUCCCAUUCACUAUUGGAAGAAUUGAACAUGGCCACAAAGUUCGCCCUGACCUGUGCGCUGUGGAUAACACAACCAAUCCCCGGAAAUACCUUGGUUCUUUUUACACGGAUUCCCUCGUUCAUGAUCCCAUCUCCCUAAAGCUGCUUAUUGAUGUCAUUGGAAAGGAUAAAGUGAUGCUUGGAACUGAUUACCCAUUCCCACUGGGUGAGCUCCAACCUGGAUCCCUGAUUGAGUCAAUGGAAGAAUUUGAUAGAACACUAAAGGAUAAGCUGCUGGCAGAAAAUGCAUUGGAAUUUCUGGGCCUUAAAAAGGAACAAUUUCAGUGACAGGUUGAUUGACUCCAGCCUGCGCUCAAUAGUGUCAAUAUUUGAAUGAUUCUGUAUCGGCAGUCAAAUAUUUAAAAAUGUCAUAACUUGUUAAUUGUCACUUGGUCUAAAGGUGCAUAAUUAAUUUUGGAAAUUUGGAACUUAAUCAUUCAGUCAAUCCUAAAUAAUAAAAGAAUGUAUAAAGAACUAUUCAUACCAAUUACUAAUUAUUCAUUCAUUUUCUACCGCUUAUUCUCACGAGGGUCGCGGGGGUGCUGGAGCCUAUCCCAGCUGUCUUCAGGCGAGAGGCGGGGUACACCCUGGACUGGUCGCCAGCCAAUCACAGGCCACAUAUAAACAAACAACCAUUCACACUCACAUUCAUACAUAUGGACAAUUUGGAGUCACCAAUUAACCUAGCAUGUUUUUGGAAUGUGGGAGGAAAACGGAGUAUCCGGAGAAAACCCACGCAUGCACGGGGAGAACAUGCAAACUCCACACAGAGAUGGCAAAGGGUGGAAUUGAACUUGCGUUUCCUAGCUGUAAGGCCUGCGUAUACAUAUUAACCACUCGUAUACAUAUUUAUCACUAGUUCUUCAUCUUCAAUUUCGUAUUGGAUUUAUAUUGAGUGCUGGACCACAUCAUGUCAAAUUAGUCAAACUAAGUAUAGGGAAGGUGUGGUAAUGUAACAUCUGGUAAUGUGAGACACCCCUUAUAUCUAGGCAACUGGACACAUUGGUGGUCAUGUGACCAUGAUGUUUUCUAGCCCCUUCCAUUUCUUCCUCGGCUAUGAAGAAAAUAACCUCAGGAUGAUUUAGUAAGCAUGAUUUUUAUACUUAAUCAAGAAUUAUGUCAAAGCAAACUGGUUCAAGUAGGACAAUUAUACUAUCCAUGUUCAUGAACUACACCAUAAUAUAACGCUCUGUGCUUGAUGUGAGUUGAAGAUUAGCCUGAAAUGCUAGAGAGGGUGUGGGAUGAAGUGAGACAUGUCUCACUCAUGUUAAGUUCAGUCUGAAACAUAUUAAAGUAAAUUUUGUUAUUUUUUUAUGAAGAAGGGGGACCAGAGGGUGUUCCAACUGGGAUCACGGUUCCCAACUCUACACUCUCGGCAGGAUCCUUGAGGGUGCGUGGGAAUUUGCCCAACCACUCUACAUGUGCUUUGUGGACUUGUAGAAGGCAUUCGACCAUGGAGAGGGAAGUCUGGACUUCCCUACCCAACCUCAGAUAGGCGAUAGAAGAUGGAUGGAUAGACAUUUGUUAUGUUAUAGCUAUUGUAUAAAAGCCAUCAUGGCAAUUGAUUGUGAUUCUGAUUUUGUUUGGAGUGAUUUCAAGUGUUGAGAAAAAUGUGCUAAUUGACCAAUAUCCCCAUGAUUCUGUGACUAGUCUGACAUUAGUUCUACAAUGUGCAUAUUUCAAGUAAUAUGUCAGGAGUCUUACAGCUACAACAUAUGUGGUUAUGGUAUGAUGUUUUUAAAGGGGAAACAGUAAGUGUAUAUGUAUCAGGUGACCCCAACCUGUCCCACUUUAAAUCCUUGAUUUUUCUGGUCCGUCUCACUUUCCACUACCCUUUGUCCUAAACACAUUGUGAUGAUUUCUGUUUCUAGGAAACACCCGCGACCAAUAAUAAAUAUGCAAAUUGUAUUGAUAAAUCAUUCUUGCAUGUCUCACAUUACCACUCCUUCCUCUACAACUUUAAGCCUUUCAAACUCAUGGACUUCAGCUAUAAAAAAAAGAUAAAACG